AUGGCGAACACGGAGGAUGACCUGGCAUGGCUCAAGUCGACCUUCCAUCCGGUUCCCAAAGCCGCACUGCCGGAUGACUGCAUCGAGUACACCAUCUAUGCUAUAUCUUCUUCACUAGAUCCAACCAAUGAUUCAGAAACACGCCUACGACUGAAAGCAUUCCAGGAACACGUGGCAGAUUUGCAAAAGAAGUGGUUGAAGGACUACAUUUGGCAGCGACAAGGCUUCAGCCUGGCUCUUGAGAAAGAUGAUGGUGAGGUUCGUGACCAGAAGUCGCUGGGACAUGCGAAAGACCUAACGUGUUUCGCAGGUGUGAGCUAUCUGCAGGGUCGUACUGAGUACGGAGAUUCCAUCGAAGAUGAAUGGGUCAUUGUCUGGCUACUACGAGAGAUCAGCAAGCAAUUCGACGACGCCUGGAUCAAGGUGACUGAUAAUGACGGCGAGUUCCUGCUGAUUGAAGCGUCCGGAUCCCUACCUGCCUGGCUCGAGCCUGACGUGGCGGAGAAUCGUGUCUGGAUCAAUGACGGAAAGCUCAAGAUCAUCAAGCCUGCUUCCGGCAAGCAAUCAGCCAAGCGAACAGACGAGAAGCUGUCGAUCAAAGAUGCUCAUCAAGUGAUCCUGGGAGAACGUAAGCGCUUGAUGCAUUCCACGCUCAUGGAAGAAGAGGCUUUUUAUCGCCUGCGAAAUUAUCCAGCACAGAUCGCCGAUAACGUCCAUCACGCUUUAGCAGUGGUGCCACGAACAGUCGCGUUCCUUCUACACCAGAAUCCGGCCUACAUUGCCCCAGCCAUUGAGGCCUUCUAUCUCAGGGAUCCAAUCUCUCUGAAGAAGCUCAACGCGGACAAGACAGACUUGGACCUGCCCAUACAACCUCAUGACCUGGUCACAGUCAGUGUUCGCUUUCCAAAGGUAGCCUAUGCGCAACUGAAAUCGCAGGACUUUCCCGCUCCCAAAGCAUUGCAAAAUAUGCUGUCAGAAAGUGUCAAGACAACUGAUACUAGCCCUGCGUUUGCUGAAACAGGAAUGAAGAUCACUUGUGGCUUCGAGAUGCUCUUGUCAGAUACUCAGUAUCAAGACAAGCCUGCAGUGCGUGAGAUGAAGCUCCUUCUGGAAGACAUUGAAUCGGGAGAAGAGCCUCUUCCCACGGAUGGCGUCAUCCAGACCUGGCCUAAGAAAGAGGACGGUGAGAAAUGGCUAGAUAUCAACUUCUCCGAUCUGGAGCAGGAGCUGGCCGGUAGCAAAUCGAAACCUGCUGAGGACGGCAAGAAGCGGGAAUUUGGUGAUAAGUCUGCACAGGAAAACCUGCAGAGAAUCGUGAAGCAGUUCGAGGCAUUCAUGAAUGAUGAAAAGGCCGGCGUGGACGGCGCUGGUACGUUUGACGAAGACGAAGACCUUGAUUCUGAUGACAGUGACGAGGACGACCCCUUCGAAGACAAAUCAGCGAGCUUUGGCGAUGACGACUUCACGAAACUGAUGCAAGAAAUGAUGGGCAUGCCUCCAGAAGUCAUGUCCGAGUUGAUGAAAGGCAAGCUGGCACCUGAUGCAGCUGUCUCUGAGGCAGGCAGAUUCGCCGCUGAGAGAACGAAGGCGCAGAAUGUCACUGAGAACAAGGGCGGGGAGAAAGAGCAGGAGAAGCAAGCGGUAGCUGAAGACGAAGAGGACUCGGAUCCGGAGUUCGCUGCGCACAUGGCUCAACUUGAGACAGAACUUCGAUCCAGUGGUGCUCUGAACCUGUCCGGCCGCAGCAAGAAGAAGAUUACGGAUCGCGCUUUGAAAGGUGCAGAAGGAGACCGCGACUCAGACCUCUCAUCAGAUGACGACCUCGGCGAGAACGACAUCGAUGUCAACUUCGCGAAAAAUCUGCUGGAAUCAUUCAAGGCACAAGGAGGCACGGCUGGACCGAUGGGAAACCUGAUGGGAUUGAUGGGCGCCGGGCUCCCUCGAGACGAUCGUGACGAAGGCUCUAGCUCUCGAGCUGGACCCAGCUCUUCCAAGUGA